AUGGCCGCUGUAUUCGUGCCCCCCUCCCCCCAAACCUCCCUGAACAUGUCGACUCGACGCCCUCUCGCCAACGUGCCGAAUGCAACCAAUUCUCCCCAUAGGACCGGGCUCCUGCCUGCCAAACGAGCCCGGUCAACUCAAAUCGAGAUUCCGUACGGCCAGCCUCCGCCCAAGAAGCAAGUGAUGGAUGUCGCGGAACAAGAGACUCGAUCUCCCUCGCGGAGUAGAUCCACGCUUCAACAAAGCACUGAGUCUAGGCUCUUUGCUCGCCGGUCCAACAAUGCCAACCCCAGCGCGUUUGAGAAGAAGCUCGUUGCGGCGAGAGAUCGGGAACGGCAGCCCGUCGUGAAGGGAACCAAAGGCGAGAGGCCAUCCGCGGAUACACUGGAUAACAUUCGUCAAUGGCAACGACAUUACCGCAAGGCUUUCCCACAGUUUGUCUUCUAUUUCGAUAGUAUCCCGGAAGAUGUUCGCCAAAAGUUCUCGCGUCAGGUUGUUGCACUUGGAGCUCGCGAGGAGAAGUUCUUUUCACGACUAGUCACCCACGUCGUCACCUCUCGUCCCAUCCCUGCCGAAGCCGUCACGAGCCCAACCGAAGAGUCCACAGCUACACCAGAAGCCAGUGGUGAUGCCCAUGUUCAAACCGUCAACCCAUCGUUACUGGACAAGAGUGCUGGUCGCCGGGAUCAAGGAAGCAUGGAUGUCCUGCAAAGAGCUCGACAGAUGGGAAUGAAGAUCUGGGCACUGGAGAAGUUGCAACGAAUGAUCACGACGAUCAAUGACAAUGAGCUUGCUGGUCAGCAUGAUGCUGUAUCGCGAAGCAAAGCUGCCGGUGGCCAUGCUUCACAUGGCAAGGGUGAUAAUGACCUCUCACGCGUCCUUCGCCAAGAGAUGUUGAAUGGGCCAUCGGACCGCGAUCCAUUGGCGUCUAUGGAAAUGCUGGUGUUCAAGGGGCCUUUUAUUUACAUCCACGACAUGAACGAGAAGACUAAGCCGGUCAUGGUUCGAGAAUAUUCGCGUGUAGCCAAACGUCAAGAUGGGUCUUGGCCCCAGUUUCGAAGUGCUCCACUGGGCAAGUGUCCUUUUAUCGAUGAACCUCCCAGCCGCAAAGAAUAUGAUCGACACCGCAUGCGUCAAGCCCAGAAGGAGAAGAAGGCCACUCGACAGAAUGUUGAGGAGCCCCAGCCUCAACCCGCCCCUACUAACGAAACACCCGUUGACACCAAAACAUCUACAGAAGCCUCCAAGCCACAGACGUCAAUUGAGGAGCAUUUCAAGCCUUCAACUCAAGUCGAAAUCCCAGCCAAGCCUUCAUUCGAAGAAAGCCAUGAAAGGAAGAGCUCAGAAAGCUUCAUCCCUCCUCAUUUCCCUCGUACUGGUCCUUUCUAUACUGGCCGCGAGCCUGCGGCAUCCGGUGUCCAACCAUCUAAUGUCACUUCCGCUAUCCGAUCACAGAUGAUCUCUUCCACUGCAGCUGCGCCCGGUGCCAAAGCAGGACUCAGCAAAGAGAUUCACGGGCUGAAACGGAAGGUUCUGGAAAAAGGGGACUGGUGGUAUCAUCACUGGAUCAAUGGCCGCGCCUCAACGUCCCAGCAAUGGAUCUCUAACAAAUCAGCUGUCCCCGAGAAAACCGGUCAGGAAGAGGAUGGAAAUCAAUCUGAAGGUGUUGGCAAUAAGCGCCGGCGGGACGAGCGACGGGACAACCAACAGAAAAAGCCCGAACAACGGCGACGGGACCCGAAACCUGGGUACUGCGAGAACUGCAGGGACAAGUUUGAUGAUUUCGAAGAACACACCCUCACGCGAAAGCAUCGGCGAUUUGCACAGAACACUUCCAACUGGGCCGAACUGGACGCCUUACUCUUCGAAAUCCAACGACCGCUCAAGGACGAAUAUCAGUUUUGA